CAUUGGAGUGAGCCACGCUCAGGUUGUGGGAAUAAAAUGGCGGGGAAGAAGAAUGUUCUGUCGUCUUUGGCAGUUUACGCAGAAGAUUCAGAGCCCGAAUCUGACGGCGAGGCCGGAGUCGAAGCGGUGGGCAGCGCAGCUGGUGAGGAAGAUGACGAUUCAGAGACUGAAAAACCUGAGGCUGAUGACCCAAAGGAGAAUACAGAAGUCGAAAAGCGAGACCCCCAGGAAUUAGUUGCCUCCUUUUCUGAAAGAGUCCGGAACAUGUCACCUGAUGAAAUCAAGAUCCCACCAGAACCCCCUGGCAGGUGUUCAAAUCACUUACAAGACAAGAUUCAGAAGCUUUAUGAGCGAAAGAUAAAAGAGGGAAUGGAUAUGAACUACAUUAUCCAAAGGAAGAAAGAAUUUCGAAACCCCAGCAUCUAUGAGAAACUGAUCCAGUUCUGUGCCAUUGAUGAGCUCGGCACCAACUAUCCAAAGGAUAUGUUUGACCCCCAUGGCUGGUCUGAGGACUCCUAUUAUGAGGCAUUAGCCAAGGCCCAGAAGAUUGAAAUGGAUAAAUUGGAAAAGGCCAAAAAGGAGCGAACCAAAAUUGAGUUUGUGACGGGCACCAAGAAAGGCACUACAACCAAUGCCACGGCCACCACUACCACCACCGCCAGCACAGCUGUUGCAGAUGCCCAAAAGAGAAAGAGCAAGUGGGACUCAGCCAUCCCAGUGACCACGAUAGCCCAGCCCACCAUCCUCACCACCACAGCCACCUUGCCAGCUGUCGUCACAGUUACCACCAGUGCCAGUGGCUCCAAGACCACUGUCAUCUCUGCUGUGGGCACAAUUGUGAAGAAGGCCAAGCAGUGACAUGAGGAGCUGCCCUGGGACUUGAAAGGACUGUGUGGCCCAGUGACGCUGCCCACUGGGAGGCACCACUUUGUAUAUUUUAGGACUGGGACCUGCUCCCCAGAUGCAGGGACCUGCUCCCUGAAAGCAGCUGCCAUGCAGCAUUCCAGCUAGAAGGACAGUGCAGCACAGGAGGGCACUGUGGACAGCAUCCAUGCACCACUCACAGAGUCUCUUGCCCUAUUAAAAGAGCCACGUUCUCAUACCCUGGCAUCUCA